AUGGCUCUCGCAGACUCAUUGGCCUUUCAUGCGCGCCCGUCUGACCUUGAGAAAGAGCGAAUUCGCGAACUGUCAAGAUAUUAUUGCUGUACAAUCCAGCAGUCACCAUCCCCAGCAGCUACCAUCGGCGAGGGAAUUGAUGAAUCUGCUAGCGCUCCUACUGGUGAUGAACAGCCCAGCGCUGGUGUCUUGUCAUCUGACAUCACGUUGACAGCGCUGGCCCAGCUUGGUAUUCAUCGCUUGGGAUGCAAUCGUUCAUUUGUAUCUCUCAUCGAUGGAGACAAUCAGCAUAUCAUUGCUGAGGCUACUGCCUCCAUCUCAAUCCGGGAUGUAGAUAAACACCUUCCGAAUGAUGGGAUAUACCUUGGUGCUCGAACUUUGGACCUGGUCUGGGGGGUUUGCCCGCAUACGAUCCGCCUGUUUACUGCCCAAGACAAAGCAUAUGAAGUCGACACCGAGAAUGUGACUGCUAACCGCACGCGUUACAUUAUUCGAGACUUCACCCGGGAGGAUUGCUUCAAAGAUAGACCAUAUGUGCUUGAGUGGCCUCAUAUGCGCUUUUAUGCGGAAGUACCUCUGACCAGUCCAGCUGGCUAUGUCCUUGGGUCAUAUUGCGUUGUUGAUGACAAGCCACGCGAUGAUUUCAGCGAGGAGGAUGUUGAGACCCUUCAAGAAAUAUCAGACGCGAUCGGGAAUCAUCUCGAGAACAAGCGAAUAGCUCAUUACCAUUCCAGGUUUGAGCGUCUUGUGACUGGACUGACCGACUUUUCUAAAGACCAACCUGAUUUUGACCCAUGUAGUCCAAGUGCAAGCUUGACUGGAUCGGCAAACUCCACAGUUCAUGGUGUCAUAUCACCAUCCGCCACGAAUGAUCGGAAUUUCUCUUUCGAUGAUUCUCAUAACGAUGGAAAUGAGAGUAGAAGUGGGCUCGACUCGCACUCAUCGUCCGCUUUCCGAGCGGAGCCUGAAUCCCCUUCAUUCUUUGCCCGCAAACCGUCUAGCACCACGGUACCGUCCUCGUUUGAAUCCAAUGUGUCAUUGGGCCGGCCAAGUCCAGGCAAAAAACGGUCUCUGGAUUCACUGAAUGAAGCGUUAAUGCUAGCGACCAGGAUCGCGCCCAAUAAAGACUCUCUGAUGUCACUGUCAGAAGGCGUCACCACAUUAGAUCGCAUUCAAGCGAUAUUCUCCCGUGCCAGCGUAUUGCUACGCGAUGCAAUGAACCUGGAUGGCGUGAUGUUCCUGGAUGGAGCCCGAAGCAGGUCCUCGUUUCUACCGAAGAGAGACCAUACCUGGGAACCUCUACCGAAAUUGGCCAGCCAAGCCGAUUAUCUCAGUCCAGAUCCAACCCCAUUCAUUCCAGACAAAGACACAGCGUCGAAAAUCCAGUGCGAGGUUUUAGGACAGGCUUUCAAACGACAAGCUUCGGAGGUUGAAGCAGCAGGGAUUCAAGCCAUCCUAAACGAGGAACUACUCGACACUCUGCUCAGGAUUUGCCCUCAAGGGCAAGUUGUGGAUCUAGAUAUUUGGUCUGAGAGCGAUGACGAAUCUUUCCUCGGCCAAGCAGCCGAUGAACCGCAGUCCAGACGAAGAAGCAAUUUUCAUGUCGCCAAAAUAAUCAGCCCUCUUUUCCCCAAUGCACAAUCUGUGGUCUGGCUCCCACUGUGGGAUCACCAAAAGUCACGAUGGAUGGCGGGGAUGCUUUCAUGGAGCUCUAAUACCCAUCGAGGCCUCGGUGUUGAAGAGCUGCAUUACUUUAAGGUCUUUGCCCAUUCUAUUAUCUCAGAGGUUUCUCGAGUCAACUGGAUUUCAACCGAAAAGUCCAAAUUCGAUUUACUGUCCUCUCUGAGUCAUGAGCUUCGUUCCCCGCUUCAUGGUAUCCUAGCAAGUGCCGAGUUGCUCCAUGCAACUACGAUCAAUUCUGCGCAGCAGGAAAUGAUCAAAAUGAUAGAAACAUCAGGGUUGACGCUACUUGAAACGACAGAUCACCUCUUGACCUACUGCAAAAUCAACAAUAGUCGUCGUGCGAAGGAAGUGACUGGAAAAGAUCAACAUAAUGAAUUACUCGUCUUAGAAACGGAUUUCGAUCUCGCAUUGCUGGUGGAAGAAGUAACCAGUAUAAUCUAUACUGGUCAAAAGGAUCCUAGUCUUUUUACUCGCCUUGCAAUUGUGCCACCUUCGACAGACAUUCACGGCAACGCGGAAUCACCCUGCAGUCCAGUGAAACCUUCGAUCGUUGUACGCAUUAAUCAAUCGCACUCUUGGAAGAUUCGAUCCCUCUCAGGUGCUUGGAGGAGAAUAGUGAUGAAUAUUCUAGGGAACUCCUUGAAGUGGACGGCUCAAGGAAUAAUCGAGAUCUCAUUGUGCAUGCUCAGAAAUCCAGAGACACCCGGCAAGCCCACUGCGCAUAUUUCAAUCAUCGACACCGGCCGGGGAAUUGCGCCUGACUUUUUGAAACACGAGCUUUUUACUCCAUUUGCCCAGGAAGAUCGCUUGGUCGAAGGUGUUGGGCUAGGUCUUAGCAUUGUCCACCAACUCGUAGCCUCACUGGAUGGACAUAUCAGCGUCAGAAGUGAACUUGGAUUGGGAACGCAGGUCGAUAUUUACAUUCCUGUUUACCACAUAGCUGAGGAUAACCUGGACCCGGGUUCCUCAGAAAUGAUCGAAAGAUCUCCGUCGCGUCAGGUCUGCUUGGUCGCUUUCAAUGGGUAUCCAGACAUCAAGGAGACACCGACUGGAAUGUUGACUGCCGAGUCGAAGCGCAAGCUGUCAAUCCAAGGGAUGCUUGCAGAUGUUGUCAUGUCAAAAGCUGGCUGGACAGUAUCCUUAGCCGAAUCACUCGAGAAGGGACACGGUGAUAUCGCCAUCCUCGAGAGCUCGACCCUUGAAGCGAUCGCCACCCCAGAUCUUCUGCCAAGCAUCAUCUCAGAGAAUCGGUUCCAGUUCUUGUUAAUUCUAGAGACCAAGCCUUCUAUUUUCGACAAAGCUCUUAUGCCCAAUCUCAUCUGGGUUUCACCACCUUUUGGCCCGCUAAAAAUACAGAAAGCAAUUGAAAAGGCUUCAGCUCCUUGUCGAUCACAAGCUGACCUUAACAUCAUCUCAAACACUAAUCAACCAAUGCCUGUCGAGCAACCAAUGGAGCAGCUUUCAAUCCAUCCUGAAAAACCAUCACCAGGGGAAUUUACAAUCAGAAUGCCCCAUAGUAUCGAUCGUCCUCGAACCUCGGAAGCUAAAAUGCAAUGCCAUGUUCUGGUUGUGGAUGACAAUGACAUCAAUCUCAAGAUCAUGGCCACAUUCAUGCGCAAAGUGGGAUGCACCUAUAACACUGCUUCAAACGGAUUGAUUGCGCUCGAGAAAUACAAAGCAAGCGAUCGCCAGUAUGAUUAUGUCUUGAUGGACAUAUCUAUGCCAGUCAUGGAUGGCCUGGUCUCAACACGCAAGAUACGACGCUUCGAGAAAGCAAACAAAUUCAAGCCAUCUUGUAUCAUGGCAGUGACCGGAGUCGCCUCUGAUGCUAUGCAUCAGCAGGCCCUGGCUGCUGGAGUUGAUCGUUACCUCAUCAAGCCGUUGUCUCUCCAUGAACUCCAAAAAAUCAUUACAUGA